GGGCUAGCGGACGAAGCCCUGUCCUCCGCGGCCUAGGGGCCCCGGGUGGAGCCGCGACCCGCGGGCCGAGCCCUGCCCUCCGCGCGCCCCUCGCUGCGGCCGCUCGCGGUGCCUCGCCAGUUCCGGGGCUGCGGACGCUGCGCGCGCCGCGGUCCGGGCCUCUGCGGCCAGCGCGGGGGCGGCGGAGGGCAGGGCGCCGGGACAGCCACCGCGGGGGCCGGCCCGGAACUCGCGGGCGAAAGGGGCGCGGGGCGUGGCCCCCAGGCCUGGGGCCUUCACCCGGGCGGGGUCUGCUCCGCCGCCGACCCCCGCUGAGCUGGGCGCGAGGCGAGCUGUUCAGGGGCCAGAGCAUUUAAAGGGGCCGUGCACGUGGGCGUGUGGACGGGGCAUUUGUUCCUCCCUCCGGCCGUGGCACCGGCGCUGGUCCUGCGUUGCAGGGGCGGGAGGGAGACGGGAGGGGAGACGGGUCUGUCUGGGCGUGUGAGCAGCUGGACGCGGUCGCGGCCCGGAGCCGGCGAUGUGGUGCCCGGGUGUUGGGCUGUUUUAUCGGCACUUAGAGCUGUGGGAGGCGCCCAGAACCCAGCAUUUGCAGCUGAAGGAGCCUGGGGCAGUAGCUAGUCUCCAGCCCACAGAGCUGAAGUGACUUUGUCCGAGGUCGCCCAGGUAGGAGACAGCACAGCCAGGCUCCGUCCUGGCCUCGAGUCCUGCUGCCCAGCCCGUGGGCCAGCUCCGCCCUUGGGCCGUUGGAUGGAAGGCUCCUGUCUGCUGACUUCUCGAGUAUUCCCCGGUGAAGGGGUGCACUGUGGUUGGGGGCUCACUGCAUCCCCCGAGCAGACGGGCAGCCUGGGAGCGCCCACCGGAACAACUGCAGAGCCAACUUCACCCCAAGUUGACACCCUGGGCUGCCGAGUCUGCGUGCUGCCCGCACGGAUGCCCCUGCUGAGUGCACAGCUCCUCCUGCAGACACCUGUGUGCACAGCUCCUCCUGCAGACACCUGAGCCUCCAGGGCCUUCAGCCAAGACCUUUGGCAGGAAUUAGGCUCUGGAUAAGCGGCUGCAGGACAAAUUCCAAGAAGUAGCAUUUCAGGAUCAAAAGACCUAGACAUCUAACCCCACAGCGGGUAGACUGUCCCCCGGAUCUGAAUGCCGGAAGUGCAGGGUCCUCGGCUCCCUCCCGCGGCCAUCUCGCUGCUUCCUGCGCUGAGUUCUGUGUAAGGAGCGCAAGGCGGCGAGGUGGCCAGAGGCACGUCUACAGGCAGGGCCAUGCUCACGUUCAUGGCCUCUGACAGCGAGGAAGACGCGUGCAACGAGCGGACGUCCCUGAUGUCAGCCGAGAGCCCCGUGCCUCGCUCCUGCCAGGAAGGCAGGCAGGGCCCCGAGGACGGAGAGGAUGCGGCCCAGUGGAGAAGCCAGGGCCGCGAGGAGGACCAGGAGGAAGACCCUGACCGCUACGUCUGCAGUGGGGUCCCCGGGCGGCUGCCGGGCCUGGAGGAGGAGCUGACCCUCAAGUACGGGGCGAAGCACGUGAUCAUGCUCUUCGUGCCCGUCACGCUGUGCAUGGUCGUGGUGGUGGCCACCAUCAAGUCCGUGCGCUUCUACACGGAGAAGAACGGGCAGCUCAUCUACACGCCCUUCACCGAAGACACGCCCUCGGUGGGCCAGCGCCUGCUCAACUCCGUGCUCAACACCCUCAUCAUGCUCAGCGUCAUCGUGGUCAUGACCAUCUUCCUGGUCGUGCUGUACAAGUACCGCUGCUACAAGUUCAUCCACGGUUGGCUGAUCAUGUCCUCGCUGAUGCUGCUCUUCCUCUUCACCUACAUCUACCUCGGGGAAGUGCUCAAGACCUACAACGUGGCCAUGGACUACCCCACCCUGUUCCUGGUCGUCUGGAACUUCGGGGCGGUGGGCAUGGUGUGCAUCCACUGGAAGGGCCCGCUGGUGCUGCAGCAGGCCUACCUCAUCAUGAUCAGCGCGCUCAUGGCCUUGGUCUUCAUCAAGUACCUCCCGGAGUGGUCCGCCUGGGUCAUCCUGGGCGCCAUCUCUGUGUACGAUCUCAUGGCUGUGCUGUGUCCCAAGGGGCCGCUGCGGAUGCUGGUGGAGACGGCCCAGGAGAGGAAUGAGCCCAUAUUUCCGGCCCUGAUAUACUCCUCCGCCAUGGUGUGGACAGUGGGCAUGGCCAAGCCGGACCCCUCCUCUCAGGGGGCCCUUCAGCUCCCCUACGACCCAGAGAUGGAAGAAGACUCCUGCGACAGUUUGGGGGAGCCCUCGUACCCGGAAGUCCUUGAGCCCCCCCUGCCUGGCUCCCCGGGGGAGGAGCUGGAGGAAGAGGAGGAAAGGGGCGUGAAGCUGGGCCUCGGAGACUUCAUCUUCUACAGCGUGCUGGUGGGCAAGGCGGCGGCCACGGGCAGCGGGGACUGGAACACCACGCUGGCCUGCUUCGUGGCCAUCCUCAUCGGCCUGUGCCUGACCCUCCUGCUGCUCGCCGUGUUCAAGAAGGCGCUGCCCGCCCUGCCCAUCUCCAUCGCCUUCGGCCUCAUCUUCUACUUCUCCACCGACAACCUGGUGCGCCCCUUCAUGGACACGCUGGCCUCCCACCAGCUCCACAUCUGAGGGCGGCCGCCGGGGGUUGUGACCAAUGCACCUGUACAGUCUCACACUCUAGUGCCAUGUACUUUUAAGACUUUUAUUUCCUUAGAAAAAAGCAAACGAGAAUAAAAAAAGACCGUUUUACUGCGUGGAGAAGAACCGCCUUUUGGUGCUAGUUUGGCCACCAGACGGAGGCUCUCCCUUCCCGAGCGCUCACGGGGAAACAAGCCCCCCAGAGGAGCGGGGGGCGCGAUGGGCCGGCGCCUCGGGGCCAGGAUGUGCGGGCGAGAGGAGGGGACGAAGGAAGGUGCGCGCACAGCAGGCCGGGCUCCCGCAGGGCAGGCCGCACCAGGCACCCGGUCACUGGCCGGAGAAGAAAAGCCCAUUUUCUCUGCGAGGAAUGUGGCCAGUGCUCUGUCUAGGACGUCAGUAUGUUAUUACCUUUAGAACCAAGUCCUAAUCGUGUUACAGCAGUUCCCCUGGGAAGUGGCUUAAUAUUAAUUAAUAUCAAUAAAAGAUGAAUCCUG